AUGUUGAAUGGAGCAGAGUUUUGGCCGGUCAAGAACUCUCAUACCCAUAAGCUAAAAACAGCUGAGAUGAGGAUGUUGAGGUGGAUGUAUGGGCAUACCCGGUUGGAUAAGAUUAGGAAUGAAGUUAUUCGGGAAAAGUUGGGAGUUGCCCUAGUGGAUGAUAAGAUUCGGGAGGCGAGGUUGAGAUGGUUCGGGCAUGUUAAGAGGAGAAGUAUAGAAGCCCUAGUUAGAAGGUGCGAGCGGUUAGCUUCGAUGGGUAGCAGGAGGGGUAGAGGUAGACUUAAGAAGUCUUGGGGAGAGUCAGAUGUGCUUAUAGCGGCGGUUAUGAACCGCCGUAAUUGUCAUGAAUGGGGCCCACAUACCCGCCAUAAUCGCUUCCGCCAAAAGAUAAAAGCGCCGCAAUAUGCAUAUUUAAGUACGACUGUUUACUUUGCUUAUUGUGGCGGUUUGUAA